AUGCAUUUGGUUUCUAUGAGCCUUGUUCAUACAAUUGCUAGUGAAAAUGCGGCUACAAGCCAAGAUCGGGCUAAGGCUAUUAUUUUCAUCCGCCAUCAUUUGGACAUUCCUCUACAGUUUAAAUAUUUGACGGUGAAAGAUCCACUAGAUUUGUGGAAUGAAUUGAGGGAGAAAUUUGGACACUUGAAAUAUAUCACUCUCCCGAAAGCCCGACAUGAUUGUCUUAACCUGCGGUUGCAGGAUUUUAAAAAUAUUACAGAGUACAACUCUGCUAUCCAUCAUAUUACAUCUCAGUUGAAACUCUCUGGAGAAAUUGUUACUGAGAAUGAUAAAUUGGAGAAGACUCUCUACCUUUCAUGCUUUGAAUGUUGUGCUGCAACAACAUACGUUCCCUUAAGUGAACGUGACAUUUCUGAACGAGGCCGAGGACGUGGUAGAGGCCAUGGACGUGGUCACGGUUGUGAGAGUCAACACGGUCGAUAUACCCCUUACAAUCGCCGCAGUUUUGACAUUAACAUGAUGCAGAGUAAACCCCAAUAUGGGGAUAUAGCCGAAAAGGCUAAACAGGGAAAGAGGCAAAUUGGAAUUUGUAAUCGGUGUGGCAUUGAAGGCCAUUGGGCCAAUACCUGCAAAACAGCCAAACACCUAGCCGAUCUUUAUCAAGCAUCACUACAGAAAAAGGAGAAAAAGGUCGAGACUAAUUACGUUGAUAACGAUGACGACCCUGAUGAUGAUCUUCUGGAUUACGACACAACACAUCUUGAUAUAGCGGAUUUUUUCGUAGAUCUAGCAAACCCCCAGUGA